AUGCAGCAGAAAAGAAAAUUGAGACACAACAUGUGCAUCUUAUUCCUGUAUUACUGUGACAAACCAAGUGCUGAUGGAUACCGCCUUAUUGUGGCAUCCAACAGGGAUGAAUAUUACGACAGACCGACGGCAAGGGCUACGUUUUGGGAAAAAAAUCCCAACAUAAUUGCAGGUAAAAUUGUUCAAAUCGCCCCAUGUAAGGCAAAAUGAGGUAAUCCGUAUUCCGGAGUCCCCGGAACUAUUUGCUUGGGAAAUUCGGAAUCCUGGGUCUUAGAAUCCGUAAUCCAGCUUAGUUCCACAGACAAGGAAUCGCGAAUCCAGUACCUGGAAUCCGGAUUCCACGGCGUGAAAUCCAGAAUCCAAGACUGUCCGCUUGAAUAGGGAGGAGAAGUCGUUACGUCACAUUGCCAUGGUAGCAAAAUUUUGGAUGACAACAAACCGAAAACGUCACUUAAAAAGUGGAUUUGCACUGCUUCAAACUUCAUCUAUCUUAUUCAAUUUCAUUUAAUUUGGCAAAUAUUGGCGAAAUUUUCUCAGGUUGAAUCCGAAAGACCGUAGCUAAGUUUAAAAAUAGAAAAAGACAACGUCUGUGUUGUGUUCACCAACUCCAUAAAGUGAGAGUGUGAAAUUAGGAAGUUUCAUGUUGCAGAGGUGCAAGGACGGCAAAGAAAUGUACGAAAUAGCGUGAUGCACGAGCAAAUUUGUUGUUUUGUUAACAAAAACCGAUUACUUUUUUUGCCGUUCUCCUUGUCGUCGUCGUCGUGGGUUUUGUUUUCAUCCAGAAAUAGUGCUACCAUGGUGACGUGACGUCCCACUUCUCCUCUCUGUUAUCUUACAAGUAUCGUAUUUAUAUUUUUAUGAUAACCUCUUUAUACAUAGAGGAUAUUACACGGUGGCGCGAAGAUAUGAAUUUUAUUUUCGAGUGGCAAAACAAUAUUUUACGAACGAGCGCAACGUGUGAUUUAAAUAUUGUUUUUGCCCCGAGAAAAUAAAAUUUAUAUCUUCAAGCCGCCGUGUAAUGUUCUUUUUAUUAUAUAGACAAAAAGACAUCGAUAAAAUAAUAGACGGAAAUUACCGAAACUACGUCAUCGAUAAACUCACGUGUGAUAUUGUGGAAAAUAAACCACUUGGGUCCCGGAUGCAAUUUUCAUGAAUUUUACUAAAUUUUAUUUUUAAUAAAAGUUUGUAUUUCUCCACCAACCACACUUUAUUUGUAUAUCUGUAGUACUUUAAAUGCUGUAACAGUUUUUAUUAUAUAGACACGAGUGUUUUACUGGAAAAUAUACCACUCGUAAAAUUCGUAAAAACUACAUCCGGGACCCGAGUGGUAUAUUUUCCAUAAUCUCACACGUGAGUUUAUCGAUGAUGUAAUUUCGGUCAUUUCCCUCCAUUAUUUUAUCGAUGUCUUUUUGUCUAUAUAAUAAAAAGAACAUUACACGGCGGCUUGAAGAUAUGAAUUUUAUUUUCUCGUGGCAAAAACAAUAUUUUACCCACUCGCUGCGCUCGUUCGUAAAAUAUUGUUUUGCCACUCGAAAAUAAAAUUCAUAUCUUCGCGCCACCGUGUAAUAUCCUCUAUAUAUUCUAUUCUCUCUUAGCUUUUCUAGCCCCCUGAUGAAAGCUGAUGAAGACUGGUUUUCUUGUCGAAAUAUUGCGCAAACAAAUCUGCAACCUUUGCCUUCAAUUUUAAACUAAAACAUAUUAUUUUCCAGGUGGUACUUGGGUAAAUUUUUGCUGGGUAUGUGCCGCUGGCCUCUCAGAGCCCCUACCCCAUUAUAGUCUAUUCUGUGGUCAAUUAUAGACCCCAUAUUAGUCACUUUUGGGCAAUUAUGUAAUUUUCGCGAUCACAGCUUAGUCACUCUCUACUGUAAAUGCGACUCCGUUGUAGUCAAUCCAGUCUUAAAAAUGCGACCCCAUCCAGCGGUUCAUCCCCAUCAGUCUCUUAUAAGGAAGUACCCCCCCCCACCCCCCAGUGUAUCAUAUGCCCCAUUCUCGCUUGCUAAUCAAGUUAUGUAAUGAACAAUUUUCAUUGCUAACAGUGAGGCUGCUCAAUAGUGUUUUCGACCUGUCAACUCUCUCAAACCCAGAUCGCUUAAUGGCUAAGGUUCUUGAGCAACAACCUGGACUCUACACCCAAAUGACGUGGUAAAACCGGCAUGUAUGAACCUGAGGCUUUUGACUUAAAGCCUAGUUCAACCGCGGUUAAUCACUGUUAAUACGCUAUACGUACAAGAACAAGCUUGCUAAAAAUGCUUACGGGUCAUGUAUACCCAAUCUCACACGACUGCUGAAAGUUAGUUUUCCGUUUACAGGGAUGGAUCUGAAGCCAGGUAGAGAGGGCGGAACUUGGCUAGGUAUAACUAAGGAUGGGACAUUUGGAGCAAUCACAAACUACAGACAAUCGCCAACCUUUCUAAAUCCAUAUGCAGUUGGAAAAGGGCAUUUGGUACCAGACUUCUUAGAAGGAGAUGGUAACGUAAGAAAGUACCUUGAAAAAGUCAGCAGAACAGCUGACAAGUAUAACGGCUUCAAUCUCUUAGUGGGCAAGUUAUCCUUGACUGGAGGCUCUAAGUUUGGAUGCUUUUGCAACGCCGAUAAAGAAAAUAUUAGGGUGUUGACACCUGGAAUUCAUGCCUUGUCAAAUAAUGUCCUGGAUUGCCCAUGGCCGAAGACGGUUUAUGGAAAGGAAAGAUUUGCAAACAUUUUAAAUGAAGCCUGCACCAAACAGGAGCUUGUUGAUAAGCUGAUUGGGAUGCUAAAUUUGCGAGAUAGGUAA